CAGUGCGGGCGGAAGUUGACUCUACAGACUGUGGUGACGUCAGCAGAAGGGCGGAAGUGAGCUAGAACGGUCAGGCGAGCAGCAGGUGCUGAGCUCCGGGGUGUUGUAGGCUUGUCAGCCGGGGUUGUUUACCGAUUCAUCGUCAUGUCUAGGAACUAUAACCCCUUCGAUGAAGAGGAGGAUGAGGACUUCAAGCCUGUCAAGUGGAACAGUGAAGAGGACCCCUAUGAAUCCCCAGCGGAUAGGAGAAGGCGGGAGGAGGCAGACAGGCAGAGGUCCCUGCAGCAAGAAGUGAUGAGGAGGGCGCAGUCGGCAGUGGACAGCAGCAAUAGAUCUGUGUCCUUGAUCUAUGAGUCGGAGAAAGUCGGGGUGGAAACUGCUGAGGAGCUAGUGCGGCAAGGAGAAGCUUUGAAACGCACAGAAAAAAUGGUGGACAAAAUGGAACAAGAUAUGAAGACCAGUCAACGGCAUAUCAAUAGCAUAAAAAGCAUCUUCAGUGGCUUCACAAAUUACUUUAAAGCCAAACCUGCAGAGACCCCACCUCAGAAUGGAGCCUAUGACUACACGGCUAGCAGCAAAUUACAGGAUGCCAUGUCAAUAAGCAAAGAACAAGAAGACAAGUAUGAAGCCACACAUCCGAACCUGCUGAAGCGCGAUACUCUAGAUACUAACAGAGGUUUAGGUGCAACCAGCUCUGAGUAUCAACAAAAACAUCCAGCUCUGAGAGGCUACCACCAGAAAAUGGACAAUAAUUUGGAUGACAUGUCUCUAGGCUUGGGUCGGCUGAAAAAUCUAGCUCUCGGAUUGCAGUCUGAGAUUGAUGACCAGGAUGAUAUAAUUGGCCGCUUGACAGGAAAGGUGGACAACCUGGACUUAAACAUCAAAACUACGGACAAAAGGAUCCGGGAUGAGCUGUAAAAAGCCACAGAGGUUUCUGGCCACAACAGUCCACUCCUGUUUUAAAUCCUUCCAACAUUUUGUAGAAGAAACCAUCACAAGCUCCUCGAGUUUUAUAUUGCGCCUUUGGGAUUUUUCAUUUUGUUUAUCUGUUUUCCAGAGAAUUGUACUUCAUGCUAUAUGCAAUUCAGGCAAAUAAAGGAUCUAUAUUUCCUGUAUACUGAGUAAUGUUAGGAAGGAUAAGUAGUAUUAUGAUUGCAUCAAAUAUCUGAGAUUUCCUGGAAAGGGUAUGUCCGACAUUGAACACAAUUUAUAUCUAGAAAUAAUUCAUAUAAAAGGUUGAGUAUCUUAGUGAAUGGCAUUGCAUUUCUGAUCUUGUACUUACCGGAAGUUACACAGUUUUGCCGGUUGUCACUGGAAAUAGUCCACAUGUUUGGCCUAACGCAUAUCCCUGAGCUGGGUUCCUAGAAUGCAGUGGGGUAGCUUUUCUUACAUCAGAUUACUGUUGCAAAUCAGACUUGGAAUCAGCAGGGAGAGGUUUCAGCUCUGAAGACCGCAGAAUUGUGAAUGAAGCUCCAGAUAGUCAGUGCAUAUAAGUAAUGCCAUGUAUUCAAAGAGUUAUUCAAAUUUUUAUAUACAUUGAUGAGAUGAUCUAAAACAGUAAAAUGGUGUUGGACGGGGAACCUGUCUUGUUGAACAUGUCCACUCUGUAGGCUGCAUGCUAUUGAGCAAAAGGCAAAAGGAGCUGAGCAGAUUGAGAUAUAUAUAUAGAAAAUAUUUAGUUUAUCUUGUAUUUCAUUCAUUUAAACCUCUGCACUUUCUUUCUACACUUAGGAGUCCAGUGGGUGUUCCUGUUCAGUGAUUGACCGCUAUCUCUAUGUACAGUCAUACAGGAGAGGCUUUCAGUUACUGAUAAGACCGCCCACUGGACUCCUAAGCAUAGAAAGAGGGGGUUGAAUCAUUAAAAUAUGGUAAUCUGAUUUAUUUUUAUUUAUUUUUUCAACACAAAUAUAUUUAUCAGUCUGCUUAUCUUCUCUGUAACAUGCUGCCUGCAGACAGGACUGCAUGUACAACUUAACAGUUUCCCUUUAAGGUGUCAUUGUUCAUCUCACUAUAAAUCUUUUGACUUUCUUCUUAAUUCCUUGUGGUGGGAGCUGAUUCUCCUGCUUUCAACAUGUAUGAGAACAGGAUCUUAUAAGGGUGGGCAUGCCUCGUUUACAGAAAUUGGAUAGUCACCGAGGUUGCUGCCACUAAUCUGCCAUGUGUGAACAUAUCAUAAUUGAUUUUCAGCAAUAAGAAGCUCUUCAGUAGCGGCUCUCUCUAUGGCCCAAUUGUCGAUGUGUGUGGCCUUCUGGACAACUGACAUGAAUACAAUGUUAUAAUAACAUGCCUUCCCUCAUCACAUAUACUUUUCUUCUGCAUUGGUUUUUAAUUCUCUUUUUUUUUACACUAACCGUGCUCAAAAUUAUACUGUGAAUAUUUAUACUGUAGUAUUAACUAUCCAUUUUCUCCAUUUAAAGCUGUGCUUCUUUUGACAUUACAUUUUCCCUUGUAUGUAAAGAAAGUAAUAUAUACCAAGCAUGCCUGUUAUACACUGUAAAAAUCUCUUUUAGCUGUUAAAACCAUUUACAGUUGCUGAUUACUAAAUUUAUUUGCACAUC